GCUCUAACUAAAGAGCCGCUCAGCAGCACGCUUCGGGAACCGAGCCUCACCGAUUGGUUUUCCGGUCCUUAUUCAAAUCGUGUGUCCUCAUGUACACGUCACUAGGUUUUGAGUGGAUCCGAGUUAUUUUAGUCCCCCCGGAUGUUUUCUGGCCAUUCAAUCAGCCUACGUGGACCAGGAUAUAGGUAGCAGGAGGAUACUUUUGAUUGCGGAUGUGAUUUUUGUUUCAAAGCUGUCCAAUCAGAAAGCGGGUUUUCGUUUAGCCACCAGUUCCGUCGAUCCACCAUGUUCCAUGCUGGCAUUUUUUGCUUAGCAUCAGAGUUCUUUCAGCAGAGCAUCAUGCUCCAUGCACUUGUCAUCUCAACCCCGCCCUUGGUAGCAUGCCAGCCACCCUCCACAAGAGCCUUCCCCCCUGGUACAGGUAGAGGUUGGGGUAAGUGUUGAGGUUGAGGUUUAGAAUGGUACUCGGCUCAAGUGGAGGCCACGGUUGGCGCUGCACCAUGCCCCAUCUCAUCCUCACACCACCAUUUCCCAUCAUCACCAACUCCUCUUCCGUUGGUCCCUUGUACUAACUCUCGUUUUACCCUGCUGUCCCCCUUGGCUGGCAGGUGUCUCUUCUCACACUCCUGCACGCCCAAGUCUCAAGGAGCACCAAGGCCUUACAGCACCCUUGGUGCUGUGGGGUGAACGGUUGCUGUGUUCUUGCUGGCGGGGUGCAAGGAGCACCAGCAACGGGCUGGCGGCGUGAAUGUGCCUGCCGGCAGCACUGGCAGGGGCGUCUUCUCCCUCCACCACCAGUAAGUCUCACCUCCAUGCCUCCCACCUUGCUGCUGCACCUGCUGCUUUCGUUCACUUUUUGACAGUUGCUGCUUCCUUGCUUCCUUCCUUCCGUGCUUCCUUCCAAGGGCCUGCACUAACAUCUCUCUAUCUUGCCUUCCUCCCCCAACACGUGCCUCGCUGUGGAGUGGGCAACAUGGCAGUGGGAAGAGUGUGGUUGUGGCAAGUGGAAGGCAGUGGGUACUGUGGCAGUGGCAAGUGGAAGGGUGGCAUGUGGCAUGUGAGGUGGCCAGUGCACGAGUGUGGGGUGCAAGCGCCAGCAUUGGCUAAGAACUUGACUCCGGGCCGGACCGGACUGAUUCUGUCAGUGCAGAGCUGGCUGCAGCAGCUCUGUCACCUGGCGAGGGGGGGGGGAGGCAGAAUCAGUCCUGCGAAGGGCACCCGCACGCCUUGGGACUAGCAAUGCUGAUGCUUGAAUCUUGCCUCUGCCUGUGUGGUUUCAAUGCCAGUCCAUGCUGGGUGGGCAUGGAUGGCAUUCUGCCACUGAUGCCAGUCCAUGCUGGGUGGGCAUGGAUGGCGUUCUGCCACUGAUGCCAGUCCAUGCUGGGUGGGCAUUGUUGGCAUUCUGCCACUGAUGCCAGUCCAUGCCUGGUGGGCAUUGUUGGCAUUCUGCCUCUGAUACCACUCCAUGCCUGGUGGGCAUUGUUGGCAUUCUGCCACUGAUACCAAUCCGUGCCUGGUGGGCAUGGUUGGCGUUGAGGCCGAGCCUUGGUGGAACGUGGGGUUCGGGUGGAUGAUGGUGGACAUGGAUGGAUGGAGGUCCAUGGUUGAAAUAAGACCAGCCCAAGGAUGGGUGGUGAAAGGAUUGUGGAAAAACAUUUAAAAUAUUUAAAUAGUUGAACAAUAAUGUUAGAUUUAUGGC